AUGAUGGGCAAAACACAACUCAGGGACAGGCACAAGCAACGUCGCGAGAGGAAAGAACGCAUCCGCGCCGCACGGGCGGAAAACUUGGAAAAGCGGUCGGAAGAAACCUUCUCAGAGAACUCUUCCGUCUCAACCCCGGAGACAUUGCCAGUGGUCUACAGUUGUUCGACCCCUGUCUUUCCCGUUUUUGAGGACAUGGAUACGAGAGACUUUCCCUCCUACCUAUACCUCCGCCACGACAUCAUAGGCAACUACGCGCCGCGACACGACGAUGACGACGACGACGACGACAACAAGGACGACGACGACGACAACGAGGAGGACGACAACGAGCUGGUCACGAUAAAAACACCCAGCGUUCUUCUUUCCUACGGUAGUGACCUGAGAGAGAUCUGGGUCGAGGCGGCGCUCGAGGGUAACGUUCAGGAACGUUCCGUCAAGCCCGAAUGCAAACCCCACAAGGCAUUCACCAGCCUGGCUGGCCAGAAAUGCUUGGAAUUGGCCGAGAUAGACGUGUCCGGUCAUGAGGACUCAAUGAAUCGGAUUCGCAUGGCAAUGGCGUCGGCGCUGCAGAGCUACUUGAAGCAGAUCCAAAACUUGGACGUUGACGAC